GUUAGUGUUUAAAUGGCUUUGUAUCAUCCGAAAAAGAGAUUGACGAAAGGCUUAAGUUUCAGCCUACAGGAACUGCAAUUAGAACUGGAUAGAUUCACCACGGAUAACGAAUAUGAAGCUCACACGAUGGUUCGAGAAGCAAACGAAAAACAAGCAGCUGCAGAGAAGGCGUUAAGGGAAAGUCAGAUGAAGGUCGACGUUCUGACUGCCGAAGUAGCUGCCUUAAAAACUCUAGUCCUCACGUCUACUCCAAGCUCUCCGAAUCCACACUUGCAUCCCCAAAUAGGCAACGGCAAAGACGAACCAGGCGUAGUUUUAUUCAAAAAGCACCGUAGAUCCCCAUCACACUUCAAUCUGAAAUACGGCAGAGAAAACUCUCCUCCGGAUUCUCCGGUGAAGGAAGUGGUUCAUAUUACUUCGGAAAUUGAAAGUAAAGACGGUUUGGAGGUCGACCCAGUGAUUCACAAAGAAUUCCUCGCAUGGCGACAGAAACCAGUUCUGGAGAAACGUGACCCGUUCAUUCAGCGAAUUUACGAGGAAGACAUUGGUUUAUGCUUAAACUUCAACAAUAAAGAGCUGUCGCAUCGUGUUGUGCAUGCUGUGGAAUCUGGUACCAUUCUCGUCGAGGCCGUAGGCGACAAGUCCAAAGCGAUGUUUCCGAAAAAAUGUGCCUUGCUGGAAGUUCCAAGGUUAUGUUUUUAUCGAAUGAGUAUCGGAGAAACUGACGACUGGUACAACAUAUCGCAAAUUUGUCGGAAUAGGAUAAUUGCAGUCUGUGAUUUUUUAAACUACCUCAAGUACAUCGAAGGAGGAUUGGUGAAAAGUUCCGCUCACGACGUCUACUGGGAAAUCGUCAGGUUACGUAAAAAUAUGUGCCUCGCAAGACUGGGUUUGGUUCUCUCGUGAAAUACUUAGGAAUACUCACAAAACGUGCCAAAAUGAUUUUUUUUAUGUAUAAACUGUUAUGGAUCUGUUGAUGUUAAACCAAAGAUUAUGUUUUUAGUUGAUACAAAGCGGUUGUUAUACAUGUAAAGUGCAGAAUGGGGUAAAAACGGAGGGGAAAUGAUACCGUAUUUUUCUUUAUUUCAAUCACGUUCAAAUAAUGUCACAAACUUACUUGAAAUUUAUAUAAAUACACCGUGCAACGUUUUUCAAUAAGAAAACCAAAGACAAUGAAUCUGGAAGUAUUUGAAAUUGCUUUAAUAAACUCAGUAGCGGCAUUUUGUUUACUAAAAUAGGUGGAGUCCGGUCUCCUACUGUCUUUUAUAGAUCUAAAACUAAUUGAUAGACGAAAAAACUUUCGAAUAUUGAAAUAUAUAACGACGUUUUGAAAUCUUGCACUAUAGUAACAGCCACUUUGCUAGACAAUUUUAUUAUAUAUAUUUUUUCAAGUUAAAAUUGUAUAUUUGUAGUUUAAAAAAUACUUUGUGUGCUAUAUUGUAAAAUAAAAGAUACAUUUUUUGUGUUCGA